AUCAAAUUCAAACCAAACCAAAUAUGAACUUUUACACCAACUCUUUCUUUGUCUUCUACCUUCUGGCGGUGCUUGCCCUCUUCGGUACCAUUGAAGCUUGUACCCCAGCCGAUACUGCGUGCAUUGUGGGUAAUUCCGGAUGUCUUUAUUAUGGCCAUUCAUGGUCUUGUCGCUAUGAUUCAUCUGCUUCUCAACACCAUACUUGUGGACUUUUCGGAGGUAGCCAAUGUAAUGGUUGCUGUGGAAACUAACAAUUUUACAAGCUUGCAUUUCUUUAGUACUCCUUGUGUCUUUUUAUUCUAUUUUACUUCAUACUGUAAGUGUACCGUAUAUAGCCAAUAUAUUACCUUCUAUAUUUCUCUCUUUCUUUUCUUCAAAUAAACAUGACG